GUCACGCACGCGCAGGCCGCCCUCGCCCUGGCUGAGCCCAUGGCGUCCGAGCGACUGCAGAGCCGGCCCGCCUGCCUGCUCGUGGCCAGCGGCGCCGCCGAGGGUGUGUCGGCUCAGUCCUUCCUGCACUGCUUCACGUUGGCUGGCGCCGCCUUCAACCUGCAGGUGGCCACACCUGGGGGGAGGGCCAUGGACUUCGUGGACGUGACCGAGAGCAACGCCCGCUGGGUGCAGGAUUUCCGCCUCAAGGCCUACGCAAGCCCCGCCAAGCUGGAGUCCAUAGAUGGUGCCCGGUACCAUGCCCUCCUGAUUCCCAGCUGUCCCGGGGCCCUGGUCGACCUGGCCAGCAGUGGGUCCCUGGCCCGCAUCCUCCAGCACUUCCGCUCAGAGAGCAAGCCCAUCUGUGCUAUCGGCCACGGUGUUGCCGCCCUCUGCUGCGCCACCAGCGAGGACCGGUCGUGGGUGUUCCAGGGUUACAGCGUCACAGGGCCCUCCGUGUACGAGCUCGUCAGGGCGCCUGGCUUUGCCUGCCUGCCCCUCAUCGUGGAGGACUUCGUAAAGGACGCGGGCGCCAGCUUCAGUGCCAGCGAGCCUGAUGCCGUGCACGUGGUGUUGGACCGCCACCUCGUCACGGGCCAGAACGCCACUUCCACCGUCCCGGCCGUGCAGAAUCUGCUCUUCCUGUGCGGCAGCCGGAAGUGAGAUGCCUUCCUGCCCAGCCAGUCAGCCUGCCGGUGGACGCUGCCUCCAUGACUUCCCCUGAGAGUGACUUUCCAGGCCUGACACUGUGGGCUUGAGGCCUCCAGGAAUGAGCCCUGAGGGGCAUUUUUGUUGGAGCAGAGGGAGGGCGAGGGGCCAACAGGUGGUCUCCGAGAAUUCUGAGCACGGAGAGCUGGUCUGAGUAAGUCAGCCGCGGGGGUCCCGAUGUGGGGUCUCGGCCCCUCGGGUCUUCCUGGGCGCUGGGUGGCAGGUCUCGCCCUUCCUGUCCCUGUCCGCCCAGGCCGAGCCUCUCCAGGCCACCAGGGUCCCAUUUUGUGUGGUGACGGUGUCCAGGCUGCUGCCCCCACCCCUUUGGGUGUUGGGGGGCUGUGCUCCAGCUGGCUGGGGCCGCCUCAGCACUGCUCACUGGGAUACAAACUCCCGGCCCCCCGACCGGCUGGUGCUGAAGGUGCUGCCUUGAUCAUAAUCCUUGCCUGGUGUGUGGUUUCAAAUUGUGAUGGUGACACUGACACAGGCCAGGGGGGCCUCGGGGCAGGUAUCACCACGUCCCGUCUGAAUGGACAGAAGCGUGCUUGCUCGUGAGUCUUCAGAGUGCGGCUCUGCUCGCCCACAGUGCUGCCCGGGGGCCGCCGGGCUUGCAGAGUAGAAGUGACAAGAGCUCAGGCCCUGCCCGGCAGGAGGCCUUGCGUGUGGCCGGCCUUUGCUGGGGCUGCUCCUUCCCGGUGCGUCCGGAUCACCCUCUGGUCUCCUCGGCGUGCCUGGCCUGGGCUGCGGCCUGUGGCGGGACCUCCUCGAGCUGCUCGGGCCUUCUCUCGGGUCCCAGCCUCCCUGUCCCCUCCCUUCCCCGGCCCGCCUCUGCUCUGCAUCCAGCCCCUCGGAACCAAGCAGGAAGAAGGAAGCAAGGCACCCUUGGGUGCCUCUUCCGGCGCAGUAGACCGUGCUGAGGCUCCCUCGCCCCCUCCGUCGGGCGUUUGCUGGGAGCGCUGUACCAGGAGCUCCUGACCCCGGUGCCCUGCUGUGCGCACCCUGCGGGCCGGCGAGCUCCGCCAGGGGCCUCGGGCCUACUCCACUGACCACCGCGGGGUUUUUAAAGAUCACCCCUCAUGGUUUCAUCCGUGUGACCUACGGAGAGCCCUAACGCUCGUGCUUCCGCGCUUCGGAUCGGGGUGGGCCCGGCCGAGCGCCCCACACAGCCGUUCCCUGGGCGGCCGCCGUGGCUCGGCCCUGGUUUGCCAGGUCCAGGGUGUGGGGCUGGGGGCACCUCCAGGCUCCGAGAAGUGCAGGACCCCCCAGAAGGGGCAGGGUGUGGGUGCCUGGGGCUUUAUAACAGACCCUGACGUCUGCCCACAAGAAAUAACCUCAGAGAUAAUGCAUAAGCAUCUGUAGCAGCACUUUUCACAAUAACAAACGUUUUAAGCAAACUGUA